AUGGUGCAUGUGCAGAAAUUUAUUGAUCGAUCGGGCCACCUGUUCCCCGAUGACAGUAGCCGUAUCGACGUGGUGGCCAUGAGACUCCGAGGAGCCGCAGCAGCCUGGUAUGUGGGACUUCAUAAUGCCAGGGGCCCUGAACUGACUGACAUGUAUGCGUUCAUGUGGGCACUGCGAGCCCAGUUUGAGGACCGUAAUGCGGGCCCAAGGGCAUGUUUGCCGAACUACUGUGAACAUGGAGGAAAAUGUUCCCAGUCCUGGACGACAUUCUAUUGUGAUUGUAGUGAAACUGAUUACACCGGAACCACCUGUCAUAACUCUAUAUAUGAGAGAUCAUGUGAAGCUUACAGGCACCAAGGGAAGAUGUCUGGUUUCUUCCACAUUGAUUCUGAUGCAAGUGGUUCACUUUCGCCACUUCUAGUCUACUGCAAUAUAACAGAAGACAAGAUCUGGACUGUGGUCCAACACAACAACACUGGACUGACUCAAGUCCACGGGGCUGAUCCGGGGACACCAUAUACCCUGAACUUCAACUACAACAGCAGCACAGAGCAGCUGGAGGCAAUGAUAAAUAGUGCUGAAUACUGUGAACAGGAAGCCGCUUACCACUGCAAAAAGUCACGUCUGCUCAACACCCCGAACGGAAUGCCAUUUGUUUGGUGGGUUGGUCGUACCAGUGAAAAACAUCCUUACUGGGGAGGAUCUCCUCCAGGAGUCCAGCAAUGUGCCUGUGGAUUGGAGGAAAACUGUCUGGAUCUGAGAUAUUUUUGUAACUGUGAUGCAGAUAAAGAAGAAUGGACCAAUGAUACCGGCUUCCUUUCCUUCAAAGACCACUUACCUGUGAACCAGAUAGUUGUCACUGACACAAACAGACCUAAUUCUGAAGCGGCACUGAAAAUUGGUCCUUUGCGUUGUUAUGGAGAUAGACAGUUCUGGAACACAGCUUCCUUCAACAUUGAGGCCUCCUAUCUUCACUUCCCCACCUUCCAUAUGGAGUUCAAUACUGACAUUUCACUUUUCUUCAAAACCAAUGCUACGUCUGGGGUCAUCUUAGAAAACCUUGGAAUGAGUGACUUCAUCCGAAUUGAAAUAAGCUCUCUUACAGAGAUCACCUUCACCAUAGAUGUUGGUAAUGGCCCGGUAGAAGUCAUGGUCCAGUCCCCAGUGCCCCUGAAUGACAACCGGUGGCAUUAUUUACAUGCCGAGAGGAAUCUCAAGGAAACAUCUCUACAAGUGGACAACCUUCCAAAGAAGAUCCUGGAGGCACCACCUGAAGGACAUUUCCGAUUACAGCUCAACAAUCAAUUAUUUGUAGGGGGAACAGCUUCAAGACUGAAAGGGUUUGUGGGAUGUAUCCGUGCUCUCCAUCUAAAUGGGCAGAAACUUGACCUGGAAGAAAGAGCUAAAAUGUCCUCUGGUGUGAAACCUGGAUGCCCUGGGCACUGCAGCAGUUAUAGCAACCUCUGCCACAAUGGAGGCAAAUGUGUGGAGAAAAACAACGGCAUCUUGUGUGACUGCACCAAUUCUCCAUAUGAAGGACCAUUCUGUAGAAAAGAGGUCUCCGCAGUUUUUGAAGCUGGCACCUCCAUUACUUAUAAUUUUCAGGAGCCUUAUCCUGUGACCAAAAAUGCAAGCUCCUCAUCCUCUGCCAUUUAUGCAGAUACCUCUAUGGCCAAGGAAAAAAUUGCCUUUACAUUCCUGACCACACAUGCUCCCAGUCUCCUCUUUUAUAUCAACUCCUUCACUCAUGACUAUUUGGCUGUGAUUCUCUCCAAAAAUGGAAGCUUGCAAGUUCGAUACAGACUGAUUAAGGACCAAUCUCUUAUUUUCACUAUUGAUUCUGGAAACUUUGCUAACCAAGAACUUCACCAUGUGAAGAUUAAUAGAGAUGGAAGAGAGCUAACCAUUCAGAUUGACCAGGUUCUCAAAGUCAAACACAACUUCUCUUUAGAGACGGACUUCAGAGCCAUCAAAUCUUUGACCUUGGGAAAAGUCACAGAUAGUCAGGGACUAGACCCAGAAGUAUCCAAGGCAAACACGUUUGGAUUUGUUGGAUGCAUGUCUUCUGUCCAGUACAACCACAUAGCUCCCCUGAAAGCCGCCUUGCGACAUCCCAGUAUAGCACCAGUGACAGUCCUGGGUUCCUUGAUAGAAUCCAUCUGCAGGUCUUCAGCUGACGUUGAUGCAAAUACAGCUACUACAAUAUACUCUUCAUCAGAUCCAUUUGGGAAGACAGAUGAGAGGGAGCCACUUACAAAUGCUGUCAGGAGUGAUUCAGCUGUCAUUGGAGGUGUUAUAGCAGUUGUGAUCUUCAUCAUCUUUUGCAUUGUGGCCAUAAUGAGCAGAUUUCUUUACCAGCACAAGCAGACACACCGGAGCAGCCAAACAAAAGACAAGGAAUACCCGGAACACCUUGACAGUUCUUUUAAGACUGAUGUUGACUUGCAGAACACAGUGACCGAGUGCAAACGAGAAUAUUUUAUCUAA